UUAUGACCUAUUUAGUUUCUUCCUUCAUGUGUACGCCGGGUUAAUAAUUUUAUUCAAAAUAACUUUACUUUGAAUGUGAUAUAAGAAUGGUUUAUGCAUUCAUCAUACACACUGUAUCACCAGGAACCUGCAGAAUCAUUUAUUCCUCCUCGUUUGGACAAGAAAUACAGAUAAUUGACACCCAAAGAGAAAACGAUCCUGCAAAACACGGAAGUGAUCUUCGGACCGAACGUAAACAAAACUUGCACAGGGUUGCUCAACUAGUUCAGUCUGAAUUUGCCUUUCGAAGGGUUGUCACAGGGAAAACACUAGAUGAUGACUUACUUAAGCUGAAUAAUGAAGGAACAUUGCCUGAAUUUGAACUUGGAUACAUCAGACUUCCUGUAGACGAGCCGUUUCAAAAUGAAAAGAUUGUUGUUUGGAUGGCAGCUGUAAACUGUGGUUUCACAAUGAUUUGUGAGAAAAAUGAAAAUCGGUCUCUGGCAGAAAAUGUCUUGAAGCUGUUGAUAAGAUACCUUCAGGAACACUUGAGGAUACUUAAUCAGCCGACUGAAGCAAUGACUAAAGUAGACAAAAUUGCAGUGGUUUUAGACAUAUUUUUACCAAGUGGACAAUUGUUGUUUAUGAACCGAAGACUUGUUAGACAAUUUGAGAAAGACCUAGAAUUAAUUUCAAAGGGCUAACAACUUGUUUGUGUUAAUUGUGCAAUUUCUGUCAGAAAUUACAUUCAUCUUAUCUUUUAAAUGAAUGUUCAUUCCAAAGCCGCUGUUUGAUUUUCAUUAUGCUAAGAUAUUAUAACCUAUUUGAUAAGCAUAUUCUUUUUAAGUGGUGCAUGACUUUCCCAACUGUUGUGUCACCACUUACAAGGUGAACAACUGUCAGUUGUAGAAGUGUGUUGAUAAAGUUGAGUGCUAUAUUACAUAUUAUUGCAAAAAGGCAGACUUUUUCAGUUGAUCUGUGACACCAUAAACCAGCCUUAUCUGUAUCUGCCAUAAGCUGCUAAGAUGACUACAUUUAUCAAUAUUUAUAAAUCACUUCAAGAUAGAAUUAAUAUCACAACUAGACAUAUUCUGUAUACUUUGGACUCCAUUAAGAUAACUGUCUUUGCUUUCUGAUGCCAGGGUUGAUAUUGAUUGGUAUUAAUCAGCAUGUGAAAUGUGGAUCUUAUCUAAAGAGGAGGCUUAUUGAAAUACCAAAAUAGCUAAAUAUCAUUCCUUUAUGCAUCAGUUGUAGGUAAGAUUAUCAAAUAAAAUGGCUCAACUUUAUAAGAUAUAUUUACCUUUUUCUAAAUGUUCCCUAUAGUGCCAGAUGUUAACAAAUAUAGUGAUUCCACAAAAAUAAAUUCCUGUUGCUAGGGCACAGGAAAUUGAUCAAGAAAAAAAGGAAACGAGUAGAUCAAAUUUAUCAAUACGUCAGGUAGUCUGCUUUGCAAGUAUAUGAUUGUUUACUGAAGUCAUGUAAUUUGGAAUAAUCCAGAUUGAUUGAAACUUGUAUUAAAAAAAUAGAAUUUAACCUUC